UGCAACAUUGACAUAAACAAUUUAAUUGAAGAUUUUAUUAACUCUACUAAAAUCUCCAAUUUUCCAUGCGUUUUCAAAUGGAACAUACAAGCGAAACGGCAAACUAUGAAAUUGUGUGCGGUAUGAAUGAAGUAAUUCGCAUUCGUAAUUGAGAGGAUGAACCAUGUAUUUCACGAUGCCAUUGAAAAACCGUAUUUCGAUAUUGGUUAAAUAUUUUCAAAGGUUUUUAAAAUUAAGAUUGCGCCCCAGGAUAAAUAAUGGCAUAGUUAAGAAUUUUGUUUUGCCACUUACUGUUGACAACAGUGUGGAUCCGAAGGUUAUGAUCGAAUUCAAAAAGCAUUUGAGGAAUCAGCGUAUGCUUUUCAAGGAUGGGCCUACAUGUUUACUAGUGGAAUGUCAUCUGUGCGAUAGCACUUCAAGUAACGAUGCCUAUGUAAAUAAAAGAACGGGUGUUUUCUUAUGCCCCAAAUGUAAUAUGAAGGCAAAUGUAGCGGAUGUUCUUGACUUAUAUGAGAAGCGAUGUAAAGGCAAUGCAACGUGCAAAGAUGUAGAAUAUAAAACUAUAUUCACAAAUUUACAACACAUUUCGGAACAUGCUUGUGAAAGUUUGGGAAUAAGAGGUCUUAAAGUAUCAGACUUGGAAUAUUUGGAUGCUCAAUACGAACCCAGUGCAGAUUGCAUACGAUUUCCAAUCAGAAAUGUGGCAAAUAAAGUUGUCGGUGAAAAAAUUCUUAAUUUGUCUGAUAAGACCGAGAAAACAAUAGAAAACUACAACUCCUCUGGAUUGUUGAUUUGCAAUCCGUUUCAAAAACCAACACGCGUGGUUCUAGUUUCUAAUCUUUUGGAUUACAUCAUUCUAUCAUUCCAACGCUUUAAUAACACUUCUAUUUGUUGUCUGCCGAAUGGUCUCAAAUCGCUGCCUCAGGAAUGUCUACCUUGCCUUGAAAAUUUUAAAGAAGUUGUAUUUUGGUUCGACUUCGAUACCGCGAAUUGGGAUGCAGCAAAGAAUUUUUCAAAAAAGUUGGAGGAGAAGCGAUGUUUUUUUAUACGUCCGACAGAAUCAGAACCGGCACCAUCUAAAGCACAUAAAAAGCGAUUAAAUUUGCAACAUAUUUUAAAUAAAGCGACUCCUAUGUGCCAUAAAUCUAUAACAACCUUCAACGCCCUUAAAUAUGAUAUUCUCAGUGAGCUACAAAAUAUUGAAAAAGUCAAUGGGGUAAAAUGGAAACGUUAUCCAACGCUAAAUAAGAUACUUAAAGGUCAUCGAAAGGGAGAAUUAACAAUACUUACUGGUCCUACUGGCAGUGGAAAAACCACUUUUAUGAGCGAAUAUUCACUCGACUUAGCUUUACAAGGAGUUUCCACUUUAUGGGGUUCAUUUGAGAUUCGAAAUUGCCGCCUCGCUGCUACAUUACUUCGACAGUAUGUUGGAUAUUCACUCGAGGAUAAACUUCACGAAUUCGAAUAUUGGACUAGUGAGUUUGAAAAGUAUCCUUUAUAUUUUAUGACAUUUCAUGGUCAGCAGCCCCUUAAGCUUGUCAUGGAAGCUAUUGAGCACGCACAAUAUAUACAUGAUAUAAGUCAUGUUAUUAUUGAUAAUCUGCAAUUUAUGAUGGGCACAUCAAUGACGCAGAAAAGUGACAAAUUUUGGGAACAAGACGCUAUAAUUACUGCUUUUCGUUCCUUUGCAACUAAAAAUAAUGUGCACGUAACACUAGUUAUGCAUCCACGAAAGGAACGUGCAGAAGACGAACUUACUACAAGUUCCGUAUUCGGAACAGCCAAAGCUACACAAGAGGCCGAUAAUGUGCUGAUUAUACAAGAUAAACGUUUAACGUCGCUUCGUGGUAAAAAAUAUUUACAAAUUGUAAAAAACCGUUACAGUGGAGACUUGGGUAUUAUGCCUCUGGAUUUUGACAAGGAAUCUUUAAGUUAUUCAUUGUCAAACAAAAAGAAAAAAACAAUUAGUUCUUAAUAAAAUCUGUACUAAUAUUAUAUUACGUUAUAAUUAA